AUGAGAAUACACAUAAAGAAUGCCAUACAAGUGUAUGAAAGGUAUAUUAAAGAGUCAUCUAUUUAUAGGACAUUAUUGGGCAAGAUAAUCAUUCUAACCUUGUUAAUCAAUUCAAGGUGGACAUUAUGCUUGUUUAUCUUAUUAGGGGACAUGUACAUUGUAUUGUUUACUAGGAUGGACAAUCCUAAAUGGGUAAAUAUCAUAAUAUCAUCAUUAGGGUUUGUGUAAAUAUGCCCAAUGGUUGUCUAACUACCAAUUAAUCAAGCUAAUUGCGCCUAUAUACUUAAUUCUAUUUAAGCAAUUCUUCUAACAUAUAGUGCCAAUUGUAGCAGCAUUUGCAAAUGUGGAUUUCAUAUGA